UCGGAAGCUCUCGAGUAUCGGUUACUCCGGUUCCUUUUACCAUCAUUACCGAAAUUUUUAAAAAAGAAAAAGAAAAACGUUCGUUUCCUAAUUCAGAAGCUCAAUCGGAGAGUGGCGCAAACUCUUGGAUCUCAAUUCUCAAUCUCUUCUCGGAUCUAUCUAUCUUCGGGGUCUGAGAGAUAGGGGAGGAGGAGAUGGCGCAUAGAGUGGACCACGAGUACGACUAUCUCUUCAAGAUCGUGCUGAUCGGAGACUCAGGUGUCGGCAAGUCCAACAUUCUUUCCAGGUUCACGCGCAACGAGUUCUGCUUGGAGUCCAAGUCCACCAUCGGCGUCGAGUUCGCCACCAGAACUCUCCAGGUGGAGGGAAAGACGGUCAAGGCACAGAUCUGGGAUACGGCAGGUCAGGAGCGCUACCGUGCUAUCACUAGUGCUUACUAUAGAGGAGCUGUUGGGGCGCUGCUCGUCUUUGACAUAACCAAGAGGCAAACUUUUGACAAUGUCCAGAGGUGGCUCCGGGAAUUGAGAGACCAUGCAGAUUCUAAUAUUGUCAUCAUGAUGGUGGGAAAUAAGUCUGAUUUGAACCAUCUUAGAGCUGUUUCAGAGGAAGAUGGUCAGGCCUUGGCUGAGAGGGAAGGCCUCUCAUUUCUUGAGACAUCAGCUUUAGAAGCAACAAACAUUGAAAAGGCAUUCCAGACCAUUUUGACAGAGAUCUACCAAAUCAUAAGCAAAAAAGCAUUAGCAGCUCAGGAAGCAGCCGCCAGUACAACUGUUCCUGGUCAAGGAACCACUAUUAAUGUUUCUGACGCAUCAGGGAAUGUGAAGAAAGGUUGCUGUUCUACUUGAGGUGACAUUUUUAUGGCAGGAAAAGAUUUGCAGUCAGACAGACCAGUUUCAUUUCCUAUAAAUUUCCCUUUUUUCUUCUUUUUGGGUGAGAGAGAGAUAUGUAGAGUAUAUUUUUACUUCAUUGAAUUGUGAUAAGAAUUGUGAACGUUGAAAGCAACAGAACCGUUAGUUCUUUUGGAGGGUCUGAUUUCCUUUCCUUUGCUCUAUUCUUUAACGACGCCUUAAAAAUUGAAACUCGCUGAAAAUCGGGAUGUUGGGUUGAUCUGAUCUCUCUUGGCAUCUUGAGUGGGAGAAAUAGAGGGGUAGAACAGGCUUUGUAAGUUUAGUCUUUCCUUUGGAGUUUGCGUGUUGAGUUACUUCCGAACUUGUAAUAAAAGCUUGUUAAUUUUUUGACA